AUGGCCGACCAAGACAACUUCAAACCCAACGGCUCAGCCUACACCCUCUCCCAGGUCUCUCAGUAUCUCUCCUACGUCGGUCUCGAUGAGUCAUACCACCCUUCCUCCCACCCCGUCCUCGACCUAGACUACCUCACCACCAUCUUCCAAGCCCAAAUCACCUCCUUCCCCUACGAGAACCUCUCCAUCCACUACAACCCCUUCCACCGCAUCCUCCUCGACCCCCCACACCUCUUCACCAAACUUGUCACCUCCCCAAGGCGCGGCAGAGGAGGCUACUGCAUGGAACUCUCCAUCUUCUUCUCCCACAUCCUCCGCGCCCUCGGCUUCUCCUCGAUUCACUACUCGGGCGUCCGCAACCGCAACCGCACAAACGGCACCCCCCAAGGCCCCUACAACGGCUACGUCCACCUAGUCAACAUCCUCACCCUCCCCAACACCAACCCCGCCCAACAAUACGUCCUAGACGCCGGCUUCGGCGGCGACGGCCCAACCUUCCCCCUGCCCCUAACCGAACACCUCAUCCACCACAACACCAUCGGCACCCAGCAAAUCCGCUACACCCGCGACUGGCUCCCCGACCAGCGCUUCCGUGACGAGUCCAAGGGCGCGCUCAAGCACUGGAUCUACGAGUACCGAAACUCGCCUGAAAAGCCCUGGGACAGCUACUACGCCUUUGUGCCGGAGCACGAGUUUACCGAGUUGGAUUUUGAGAACCUGAAUGUUUAUUUGAGCGAGUGCGAGAGGAAUCAUCAGACGUACACGGUGCUGGUGAUUCGGUUUCUGAGAGGAGGGGAGGAGGGAGAACAGAAGAUAAAGGGAAAGGUGAUGAUGGUUCAGGGGGAGGUGAAGCAGAAUUUGGGAGGGAGGACAGAGUUGGUCAAGGUUUGUAGGACCGAGGAGGAGAGGACUGAGGUGUUGAAAGAGGUGUUUGGGAUAAACUUGACAGAGGAGGAAAAGGGGGCGAUACGGGGGUGGGCGUCGGAGUUGAAGGGUGAAUAA